AACUGGAAUUUACUUAAACGGCCAAAUGAAAAUUUCAAAGACGGGAGUACAAAAUCCGGUCCCCUUGUCCACACCAUAACAUCCCGCGUGUCCGUAUACCAAAGAUGUAUCCUAUGGCCAUCAUUUCGACACGUGCAUCCCAUCUAUUGGUUAAAUUCUUCGUCAAGCAACCCAGCUGGAGUAAAUCCUACCCAUCCGAUCACCUCACUUGUUGGUUUUGGAUAACGCCACGUCACCAGAUAAAGGACAGCGUGCGACGUGGCUCACAUCCAACAAGAACCAGGGAUGGUGGAGUACGCUGACGCCAACCUUACCGGAAUAUUCCCCACCGGCGACACUUGGCCUUUUCCCGAAAACUAUAUAUACUUAUCAUUCUUGCCCCAUUCUGUGCCCUAGACCUCCAUUUUCGCCUCCAGUGGCCGCGCCAUGUUCAUCCCACUGAAACGACUCCGUUUCACUCACACCUUCCCCAAAUCUCCGACUCAAUCUACUUCUUCCCUGUCGUUUCUGGGCGGAGAUCUGCCCUGGGAGAUCUCCGGCCGGUUCGUUCUCGGUUGUUGGUGAGCUAUUGGUAGGGUUUCUGGGCCGUGAAGAUGGCGCUUAAGGCUGGUUGAGGUGAGUUUGUUCACUUUGUUGUCUCUUGUGGGUCUGGCUUGCGGUGAUGGAUGCUGUGGAGCUUCCAGUUCCAGCUGCGGGGUCUGUGGCGGUUCCGAAGCUUAUGGGAUCGGAAGGUUUUGGAAGAGUUGGGGUUACAGUGAAGGGAGUACAAGCUCGUGAGGCUGGUGCUGUUUCAAUAGUGGUCAGCCCUGCUAUCGACAGAUGCAACUCUUUGAGUUGCCAGAAAGAUGGAGUCAGUACUGCUAAUACUUCAGAGUCAGCUUCCUGGAACAAGAUUGUGGAUGCUGAAUUUUGCAGGCAUGCUGGUCAGCCGUCCAACUUUCGGGGCAAAGCUCCAUCAGAAGAGCUUUGUUGUGAAUCCACAAAUAAUUCUCUCCUAUCGAUUCCUGGACCUGAAGUUAAACAAUUACAACAGAAAGUUGGAAAAGUCUCAAGAAGUAGCAGUGGUUGUACUAAGAGACUGCGGGCAGCACUAACGGAAGAUUCUAUAAGUCAAUCUGGAGAUGAUAUAUUCAGCAAGCUUGGAUCAUAUUCCACAAAAUGCACCAUCCCAGAUAAAACUCAAGCGGUUAAACAAAAGAACAACUUAAAUGGAAAGCGUGGUGAUAAAAGAAAUUGUAAAGUUCCUACGAAAACUAAAUAUGAUUCGUACUCUCCAAAGACUGGCUUGGUGAGCUUCAACUCAGCUGCUGGGGGAAACAACUUUUUUGGAAUAUAUGGUCUGAAAUCAGAUGUUCAUGAUGUCGCAAAGCAUGAAGAUGAGCUGUCUUUGAAUGAGCUUCUUGACGGCAGUUACAAGAUUCCUAGUUUAGGCAAAGAUAAAGGAAGGAAAGCUGUAAAUUCUAAUGAGAAUAUUUUGCAAGCAGUUAGGAAGGCUUGCUCUAUUCUUCAGCUCCAAAGGCCUGUGCGAUCCCAAAAUUUUCCUGAGACUGAUAAUAGCUUCUGCAGGAAAAUGUCCACAUGCCUAUUUAGCUCUGGUUCUUGUGUUGCAACAACUGUCAACAGUGAUGAAGGUGAUGCCUGCUGUGCAGAUCCAUCUACAAGUGACAAGAUUGAGGAUUCUUGUAGCAAGCACAAGACUCCUGCCAACAAGACCAAUUUCCUAUCGAAUGAACCUAAAGAUGUUUUGGAGCGCCUGGCACUUCCUCCACCCAAGGAUUUGGAAUCUUUACUCUUGGAUGCAGCCAAACCUGUGGUAUCUUCAAGGAAUUCUAUUGAUCUAUGUUUGGGCAAGCCAAUCUCUCUUCGAGCUGGCUUGCCUCCUUUUCCUUGGUCACAUGCUUUUGGCGGGCAUUGCAAAUCCAAUUCAGAUGCAGCCAAGUCAUCUACAAAUAGGAAUACAUGUCAAGGUAGAUGGAUGAAAAUAGGGAAUGCUGCCACAGCUGUUGGAGGUGUUGCUGAUUGUUUCUCGGACUUGGAUUCACUCACUUAUGAUGACGGUCUAGUUCCUUCAGGACUAAAGCUGGGUCCCACGGGAAAUGAAAAGACCUCAUUUAUGUCCAUUAGCCUUUCUUGGUGUGAACAAGGUCCAUCGCCUUCUGCAACAUGUUCAAAAGUUUCCCAGGUUCCUUUGGAAUCUGGAGGCAGUCUGAAGGAUCAAGAAAGUGCAGCUGUGCAUUCUCCAAGGUUAUUGGCUGCAGCCCAUACGCUUUAUGACAUUGCAACUCGCUCCUCGAAGCAAGAUGCCCAUGGCAUGAUAAGAUGGCCAAAGAUCCCUUCACAAAAGGCCAUGAAAGCUCGCAAGCCAAAAUCAAAUGAGAGACCUGAUGAAAUAUUUGCGAUGCCACAGCCAGUGGUACGGCUCGAUAAUCUAGUUGAGGUGGCCAACCAAAUAAUGCCUUCAAAGAAGCCUAAGCUCUCAGCAACUGAGAAGAAAAAAGAUCUCGGUCUUGCCAAUAUUAUCAGGGGACCAAUGAACUGGUCAACCCCCAGAUCAAGUCGAUCAUCUCCCAACAAAUCUUUUAAGGAGUCGUUUCCAGAAAUAAAACAUUUUAAUGCCAACCCUAAGCAGCCGUCCAUAAUUUCACCAACUACAAGGGUUCUGGACAAGGCUUGCAACAGCCAGCAGAAGCUGAGGAAAUUAGUGCCAAUGGACUGGAGCAGGGGAAGGGGCAGGCUGGACUGACUGGCAUUGUUUUGGCAUGCAGAAGCUCACUUUAUCCGGAGACAAUUGUUGUGCAUUUAUUGAAGAUCAGUGUUGGUCAUUGUUAAGAACUUGUUUUUUCGCUAAGCCAUUGUUAAAUUUGUUGGUUUGUAUAUAAUGUGCUUUGGUAGAAUAGGGUUGUAAGUUUUCAUGUUAGGGGGACAGAUUGGGUUCUAGUGUUGUAACAGUAAAUUUGGGGGUACUGGUGUAGAAAUACAGCAGGAAAUUCUUUGCCUUGUGUAGAGCAUUGGAUGAGGCGAUUGAAAUUUCAAUUGUCUUUCUGUCUCUGGAAA